AUGAACCUUCUCCUUAUCCGUCACGGCGAGACGGUCGAUAAUGUCGCUCACCGACUGUGAGUUUCACUCCACCUCCUCUAUUCCCCCUCCUUCAUUUACGAAAAGAAAAAAAAGAGAAACCACCUUUCUCCUAACAUUAUGAUUCAUACAGCGCAGGAGUGACCGACUCGGCCCUAACGCCCAAUGGCUCACUUCAGGCAGCCAGACUAGGAGCCUACCUCACCAGCAAGCAUGGAGAAAACUUCACUCUAACACAUAUAUACUCAUCAGACCUCCAACGGGCCGCCAAAACUGCCGGAGCAAUUCUGGAGGCACAGUCCGCUGCCAUCGCCAACGGUCAAAACCCCCUGGCCGAGCCCAGAGGGGUAGAUGAGGGUAACGGCGAUAAUGCCUCAUUGGAGCCAGCAGAAGAUGUCUUGCGGCUGCCGGAUCUGCGGGAAAUGGACUUUGGCUCGGAGGAAGGCGCCCCAUACAGACGGGCUCAUUCUUCACGCCCCGAUUUCGAGAAUGGUAGGGAGACGACCGAGUCCAUGGUCGCCCGGGCUAACCGAUUCCUGAACCAACACCUUCUUCCCGCACUCGUUGCGGUGCAUAUGGCACCAGUUGCAUCGGUCGUAAAUGUGGCCAUCGCUGUUGUUUCCCACGGUAUAUUUCUCCAGAUUUUGCGCAAGCAGCUCAUGAGGCAUCUACGGUACUUGCCAGAUUCAAGAAAGGUCAGGUGGAGCAACACGGGGUACUUUCAUCUGAGAUUUGACCCCCGAACAAAGUGGACGGAUAGUCGUGGAUUAGCGUUGUGGCCGUAUUCAAUUCACGGUAUCAAUGUUACUACCCACCUGACUGGCAUUAGAAAGACCGCCGCCAAAGAUGCAGCUGCCGAUGGGACGCAGAGAAGGAUUGAUGAGUUUUUCAAAGCUGGAGAAGGCUCCGCACUCUAGAACUGUAGGUUUAAACAUUCCUUCCUCUCUCCUUCCCCCCACCCGCCACGGGUGCAACACGAAAUGAUGAAAACGCAUUAUUCACACAGACCUGUUCUGAAUAUCCGCAUGUGGACGUUAUUUAUUGCCAACUGCUGUCUGAUCUCCUGUUGCGCCCUGUUUUUAUCUGCUUCUUCCCACUCUGUUCUUAGGAAACACUGCUGACGUUAGACACUCCUCAGAUCCCUACCCGGCCUCGCCAUCCUCCACCAAGAUGACUUGGAUCCAACGAACCGACGUGACACCCUUUCUACUCGCACAGAUCUAGUUUUCUUGUGAGCUCAUUGCCCGAAUAAAGAGCGAAAAAUAAGCAAUCUCAACACCCCC